UUGGAUGGGUUGUUGCAAGUUUAGGGGAGGAAGUAGCUGGAGGAACUGGGAGAGUUUGCAGUCAGUUGUUUGUCUUUUAUCAUGUAGAUACACUCUCUGCCGGUUUCAGUUCGUUUGCCAUUUUUGUUUGCCCUUGUUUAUUUAUUUUUUUCGAUUGUGUCUGCCCUUCAGACAGUGUACAUUGUUUAGUAUUUUGUUGCUUUGAGUGUUGUUAUUCCUCGAACACGAUAAACAGUGUCACGGUGCUUGCUGGUGCUGUGUUGGAUAUGUCGAGAUGGGAGAGACUGUGAUUUCAAGUUUGAAAUAACAACAGCAACAAAACUAGUUAGCUGCCGAGGUUCUCAUCGAAAGUAUUGUUUUGCGCAACAAAAACAAAGAGGGACGCAUGUAACAAAGGAGUGAGGAUUUCAGAAAGCCGUGACUAUGGGUUGCAUCAAGAGUAAAGAGGACAAAGGCCCAGCCAUGAAGUACAGGCCCGAGAACACCGCCGACUCAGUCAGCGCACACGUGGGCCACUACGGCCCAGACCCCACCCAGCUCAACCAGUCUCCCGCCCCCAAGGGUCCGGCCAACAGCUACAACAGCCAUUCCAUAACCCCUUUCGGAGGCUCCUCCAUCAUGACCCCCUUUGGGGGGGCCUCCUCCUCCUUCAGUGCUGCUGUGUCAAACCCCUUCCCAGGAGCUGUAACAGGUGGGGUUACAUUUUUUGUGGCCUUAUAUGACUAUGAAGCCAGAACGUCAGAUGACCUAUCAUUCAAAAAAGGGGAUAGGUUCCAGAUCAUUAAUAACACAGAGGGUGACUGGUGGGAAGCGAGAUCCAUUAACACGGGGAAGAAAGGAUACAUUCCAAGUAAUUACGUGGCUCCUGCGGACUCCAUCCAGGCAGAAGAGUGGUACUUUGGAAAAAUGGGACGCAAAGAUGCUGAGCGGCUACUCUUGAACCCAGGAAACCAGCGGGGCACUUUCUUGGUUCGGGAAAGUGAAACUACUAAAGGAGCAUAUUCCCUGUCCAUACGGGACUGGGAUGAUGCAAAAGGUGACAAUGUGAAACACUACAAAAUCCGAAAACUUGACAACGGGGGCUACUAUAUCACCACCAGGGCACAAUUUGAAACACUACAGAAACUGGUGAAACACUACACAGAGCACGCAGACGGGCUCUGCCACAGGCUGACCACGGUGUGCCCCACUGUGAAGCCCCAGACACAGGGCCUGGCCAAGGAUGCCUGGGAGAUCCCCCGGGAGUCUCUGAGGCUGGAGGUGAAGCUAGGACAGGGAUGCUUUGGAGAGGUCUGGAUGGGAACAUGGAACGGGACCACAAAGGUUGCCAUCAAAACCCUAAAGCCCGGAACCAUGUCACCAGAGGCCUUCCUGCAGGAGGCACAGAUCAUGAAGAAACUUCGGCACGACAAGCUGGUUCCUCUGUACGCCGUGGUGUCCGAGGAGCCCAUCUAUAUAGUCACAGAGUACAUGGCCAAAGGAAGUUUGUUGGACUUCCUGAAAGAGGGAGAAGGCAAAUACCUGAAACUCCCCCAGCUUGUUGAUAUGGCUGCCCAGAUUGCUGACGGAAUGGCUUUCAUAGAGAGGAUGAACUACAUCCACAGAGAUCUACGAGCGGCGAAUAUCCUUGUUGGGGACAACCUGGUGUGCAAGAUCGCUGAUUUCGGACUGGCAAGAUUGAUUGAGGAUAACGAGUACACCGCGAGGCAAGGAGCCAAGUUCCCAAUAAAAUGGACAGCACCUGAGGCUGCUCUGUACGGCCGCUUCACCAUCAAGUCAGACGUCUGGUCCUUUGGCAUCCUGCUGACAGAGCUGGUGACAAAGGGCAGAGUGCCGUAUCCAGGUAUGGUGAACCGGGAGGUGCUCGAACAGGUGGAGCGUGGGUACAGGAUGCCAUGUCCGCAGGGCUGCCCUGAAUCCCUGCACGAGUUGAUGAAGCUAUGCUGGAAGAAAGACCCCGAUGAGAGGCCCACCUUUGAAUACAUCCAGUCCUUCCUGGAGGACUACUUCACAGCCACGGAGCCGCAAUACCAGCCUGGAGACAACCUAUAGAGCCCUGCCAUGCUAUGCUCUACCUUCCCUUUUUCAUCCUGCAGAGGUGCAGUCUGGGAGAAAAACCAAGAUACAAGAUGGUUUCAGGACUAAAAAUACAUUUGGAAAAAAAGCAAUGAGUAGCGUUCUGUAAAAAGCAAACUGGAAGCUUGGUUCACAGUUGCACAAGCCACUGCUUAUUUUCUUAAUUUGAAAAAAGGUAAAAAAAAAAAAUUCUUCAUUUCAGACACUAAUCCUGGACAUGUCACCAAUGUUUAUUUCAGGUAUCGAAGGUCUUUGUUGUAUAGACAAUUACGUUUCUCUCUCUCUCAUUAUGUGUACCUGAUUCAAAUGUAAAUUUCAAAGUGACCAAUUUAUUCAGUGUAAUCUUUCAGUCCUGUUGAAUCAUGAAAGCAUUGCAUCGUACUGUGAACCUAUCAGGUGACAACCCUGGAAAGCUUGAGUGUUCAAAUCAAGAGGGCAAGGAAUGGAAUAUAGUGAUUGAUGAAAUCUAAACUGAGAAUAUAUUUUAUGAAAUCAAUGGGAAAUUGAAAAUGAGAGGAAAUGCACUGCUUUCAGCACAUUUCAUCAGAUCAGCUGGAAGAGAUUUUUUUUUUUUAUAUAGGUGACUUGGGUAGAAAAGAUCUGUAGGCUUUACUAAUUCCUUAUUUGUUGAUUUUGUGUGAUUGUAAGAACUUGAAACCAUAUCGUGUUAGCAGAUUUUUAAGAACCUUUAUCUUUAUCAUGAAGCUCCCCUGUCCUGAAAUAACAUUUCUAUAACACUAUGAAAAUAUCAUUUUCGGGGCAAGUGCCAUAAUUCUAGACAGCUGCUGAUUAAACAGAAUAACUCCUCUCUAAGAAUGUGGUAAAUUGCAAAAGCUGGACUGAAAAAAAUGCACAUUUGUCAAAAGUGACAUUUGAAAAACACUAUGAGUCUAACUAUGACUCAGCAGAAAAUAAUAAUAUUUCAGUGUUGAAAUGCUAGCACUACACCUCAAGCCAAGUGCAUUGUUCUGGAACAUAUCAUAGCACUACACAACAACUGUGGACCAAGACGGCAGAAGUUCUUCAAGGAUUUCAAUGUUAGCAUUACAGCAAAGCCCACUGUGAACAUAUGCCCUUCUGGGUUCCAUGCAUCACAGUAUGGUAGAAAGGAUAAGUGUAUUACGAGAGAGGUCUUCCGCCUAGCAAAAGAAGCCACUUUAUCUUAAUGGGAAAUGUUGCCAAAGUACUACAAUUUAAAAUUAUUCAAUAUUUUUUAUUUUAUUCUAAUUAAUUUUUAUGCUGUCCCCAGAUUUCAAGCAACUGAGCGUUAUUUGUUGACAUAACGCAUCUUAAUAUGUACAUGUUUUCAUUUGUGUGAGUUUGUACAAGUAUUUAAGCCAGCCAAUUUCAGUGAAUGAGAAACUUUUUUGUUUUUUUGUUUGUUUUUACUUUAACAGGGUGGAUUACAACCGAAUCAAAGAAAGGUUUUAAAACAGCAUCACUAGUUUACACGUCCUAUACAUUUGUUUUGGUUCUGCAGAUUUCAGUCAAGAUGUGCUCCGUUUCAUUUGAUUUUCUUUGUUUUUCAUAUAAUGUGUAUUUGUAGUUUAUCCUCUGUGGGACCCAUCCUUGAAAGAGUAUUUCAAACUGUGACAGUAACCACGAUUCAUGAUAUACCAAGUGUAGUGAAUGCAGUACUUUGAGUCAGAGGCUUGGGUCUCAGGUGCACCCAGUCGUCGUCUUUGGACCCUGUGUACCAUAGUUUUGAUACUGAGUCCUUGAAUGAAAUUAACACGCUCCACGAGUGCCAUCCUUUUUACAUGUCUCCUCCAUGUUCCUCUUUCUUUCAGCAGUGACAGAGGAUUUGAUAAAGGGCUUUUACAAAGUUUUGAAAACCUCUAAUUUUUUUAAAGGACGCGUUUUAAAGAGGAAAGCAUGAAAACACUUUUUUCAUGAUUUAAAAACUGGUUACAGAAGCUACACACGAAAGAAGGUUCUGGUAAAAUGGUUUAGUUUCUUGGAAAAAAUUUGUACAGAGUAAAGAGAAAUAAAACGUUUCCUGCUUUUACUCCGUUGGCUUAUUAAAUGUCUCCUUGUA